AGAAAUUUGGCGGCAGAAACCAUAGUCCUUUGUUCCUCGAACCUAGAUUUCCUCAAAACCCUUUACACCCCGGGAAUUUGCACACUCUUCUUCUCUCUCUACUCAGAAAAUAGAAAAAUGGAGGAUUCUGAAUAUUCAUGCCUUUUGUGCAAAGAAGACGAGUCCAGCUUCAUUGAACUCUGCCAUUACAAAGAUGAAAGCUAUUCGAGUCCCGAUUUCGUUUCUGAGUGUGAGUAUGAAUAUGUUGAGAUGUUAAUCCAGAAAGAAACCAUUUUCCAAUCGAACAGCAAUUGUUUUCCAGUCAAGAGUGAACUAAGCUGGUUGAAAUGGGCACGUGGAAUUGCCGUCAAAUGGAUUCUUGAUAAAAGGGCACUUUUUGGACUUCAUUUCCGCACAGCCUCUCUCUCACUGAUUUAUUUUGACCGCUUCCUUUCAAGAAGGUCGAUUGAUAAAGGGAAGCUGUGGGCUGUUAGGUUAUUAUCCAUCGCGUGUUUAUCUUUGGCUGCAAAGAUGGAGGAAAACAGAGCCCCUGCUUUAUCUGAUUAUUGUGUGGAUGAACACAAUUUCGAAGGAAAAGUGAUUCAAAGGAUGGAGUUAUUGGUCUUGAAUACCUUGGAAUGGAAAAUGACCUCUGCCACUCCUUUUGCCUAUCUAAACUACUUCAUCACCAAGUUCAGUGGUGAGGAUUUCACACAUGAAGAUGUCGAAAAUCGAGCAGUCAAGCUAAUAUUGGCAGUAAUUGGAGAGAUCAACCUCAUGGAAUAUCGGCCGUCCAUUAUUGCUGCCUCAGCAGCUUUAGCUGCUUGCGGUUAUCAUUUGCCGGAAAAAUUAGUUGGGAUUAAGAUGAAUAAUGCAGUCUCAUCAUGGGGGUCCCUUGAAAAAGAGCAAGCUAAUUGCUGUUACAAUCUGCUGCGAGAUAUUCAGACGCCAAAAUUAAAGGCUUCGAGAUUUAUUAUUUCUCGUAGUUUGAUAUCCUCGACUCGUACGAGCUCCAUUAGUGAUCUUGAAAACUCAGUAAUCAAACCAACAGUUGGAAAGAGAAGGAAACUAAGUUGUGUUGAUGAUGAUCACUAUUGCGAUAAACCCAAGAUUUUCAAAACGGAUUAGCUGGUGAAAGAUUGGAUCAAUUUGUGUAGCGUGCGUUGAGAUUUCAAGACAUGGUGUGGUUUGGAGUUCAGUAAGUGGCUGUAUUUUUGCAAUAUUCGAAAAAGAAAUCACAAGCAGUGACAACCAGGAAAAUAGUGAAAAGUGGAAGGAAAAGGGAAAACCUUUAGCUUACAAGUGAUGAGUAAUAAGCUGACCAAAGUACAAAAGGUGAAGCCAUUUGGUGAGUGAGUGAAUGAGGUCCUAAAGAGAUGUCCACACACUCCAUUAAGUCCUGUAGAUGAUAUUUUUUAGUAGUGUUUUGGUUUUUGAGUGGAUGCUGCAGUACUUUGUUUACGUUUUUACUUCAUAUUUUCCUUGAUUGUUUGAUUUCGUUUGUUUCGAAAGGCUUAAAGAAAGCCAGGGUUGGGGGAUGGCCAGCUGGGGAAUGAGAAAUUGGUUCUUGUUUAAUUGUGAUGUGUUUAAAGAGCACAAUAAGUUGGAAAAGUUGGUGACAUUGUUAUAAGUGUCUGGAUUUCAUAUCAUAAUGUCCUCUCUAUCAUUUCCAAAUAUCCGAGUUCUUAGGUUUCGA